GUCAAAUUAUAUCUUUUCUAAAUCUUAUUGUCACUAUUGUAGUUUUAUGUAUUACAAUGACUUCAAGUGAUGCGGGAAGCAAAAUCGGGCUUAUAAUAAAUUAUGAAUUAAUUUUAAUUUUGUAUUUUCAAUGGUGUAUUUAUCAUUUGUCUGAAACAGAGUAUCAGAUGAAUUCCGUUGCACGUAUACUGAAUUAUAGCAAAUUGAAAUCAGAAGCAGCUUACGAAUCUUCUCCUGACAAACAACCUCCUGCCGAUUGGCCUCAAAAAGGAGAAAUUGAAUUUAAAAAUGUUUCGUUAAAAUAUUCGAAUGACAGAAGUAUUGUUUUAAAUAAUAUAUCUUUUCUUAUUAAGCCAGGAGAAAAAAUAGGAAUUGUUGGACGAACGGGAGCCGGAAAGAGUUCUAUAAUUGCUAGUUUAUUCCGUAUGACAGAGCCAACAGGAAUAAUAACCAUCGAUGGAAUUGACACUAAAAAUAUUGGUCUUCGGGAACUACGUAGUAAAAUCUCAAUUAUUCCUCAAGAUCCUGUGUUAUUUACUGGUACUCUUCGUAGAAACAUUGACCCUUUCAAUGAAUAUUCCGAAGAAAUGUUAUGGCAAGCGAUCGAAAAGGUACAGUUGAAAGAUGUUAUAAAAAAUUUGCCUGGAGGAAUAGAUACGCAUUUAACUGAAGGAGGACGAAAUUUCUGCGUGGGAGAAAGACAGUUAAUUUGUCUUGCAAGGACAAUCCUUUGUCAGAAUAAAAUUCUUGUCAUGGACGAAGCAACAUCCAAUAUCGACAAAAUAUGCAAAGCAUCCUGGUUCCUUAAUAAAGCAUAUCCUCGAGCCAUUUGUAUGGACACAGGAAUGCAUGGCUUCGAAUCUUGCGGAUUGUGGACUUGCAAUCGCUUUAAGAUCGGGCAUGAGGAAUAUGUUGUUCUUGACGAAGAUGCCAAUCUAAGUGAAUCGGCAGAAGUCUCCCAGAAUCUGGCAACUGAAAGGCGGCAAAAACAAACAGAUACUUUAACGUGUAUGGCACAAUCCAAUCAGACUACUGAGCGAGAACAGACUGAAGAAGUUGAGUCCCCACAACUUCCUGAGGUACCGACAACUCACCCUUCGGAAAAACAGCGAGAUCAAUGUCUAGAAGAGAAAGCGAAGGAAUGUUCUUUAGGUAUGAAAGUAAACAUUUCUAAUACAGAGACAGUUCGAGCGACAUUUGAAAUAAUUUCUCCACUACAUGGUAUUCUUGGAAUUGCAAGAAGAAAAACGUAUAAAAGAAUCUUGGUUUGA